AUGGAUGGCGAAUACUCCACCAGCAGCGAUGAGGCUGGCAAGGAGCUAACCCGCCUCUGGCGCACUUGGAGGACAGUCUAUGAGAUGCUCUCAGACCGAGGCUACGAAGUUUCAGACGAAGAGUUGCAAAUCUCUCUCGAGGAGUUCAAACAGAAAUACGCGGACGCGAUGGGGUACCCUGACCGCACGAAGAUGAAAAUCCAAGCCCGCCCCACCGAGCUCAUGAAAGAAAAGUACACCGCACUUCCCAGCAAAUCCAACCCGAACCCCCAGCCCGACUGCGGCACCAUCUAUGUCGACUUCUGCGCGGUAGAGACCUCCCUCGGCGCCAAGCAUGUGCGCGAGUUCAACCACAUCGUCGAUGAGAGCAACUUUCACUCGGGUAUCUUCAUCACCCAGAUCCCUAUGUCCUCGGCCGCGGUGCGCAUGCUCAACAGCUUGCCCGGCCGCUUCUGUGAGCACUUCCAGGAGCAGGAUUUGCUAGUCAACAUCACGCGCCACGAGCUUGUCCCCAAGCACGUCCUGCUCAGUCCAGAGGAGAAGGCCCGUCUGCUGGAGCGGUACCGCUUGAAGGAAUCGCAGCUGCCCCGUAUGCAGGUCAUGGAUCCGGUUGCCCGCUAUCUCGGUCUCCGCCGAGGUCAGGUGGUGAAGAUCAUUCGCAAGAGUGAGACCGCGGGUCGGUAUGCCAGCUACCGAUGGGUGAUCUAA